AUAUCCUCCUAGCAAUCCAACCACUCAAGUACAAACAUUAUUGUUUAUCCACAUACACUUUUGUGGAUUAAGUAGUAUCUCUUUUUCUUCCAGCUUUUUCCUUUUCAAUUCCAUCCAAGAAUUGAAUAUGGCUCUUCAGCUACUUUCUUCUCUCCUAGUUCUGGUGUUGCUCCCUUCAAGCAAUGCCCAGGGUCCCCCUUCCCCUGGCUACUACCCUAGCUCUAGGGUUCGAACCCUAGGGUUUUACCAGGGCUAUAGUAACCUUUGGGGUUCUCAACACCAAUCUUUGGACAAUCAGGGCACGUUAACAAUCUGGUUGGAUCGAACCACAGGCGGAAGCGGAUUCAAAUCUCUCCGGUCAUAUCGGUCAGGUUAUUUUGGGACUUCCGUCAAGCUCCAGCCGGGUUAUACUGCCGGAGUUAUAACAUCUUUCUAUCUUUCAAACACCGAACAGUAUCCGGGGUACCACGACGAAAUCGACAUUGAGUUCCUCGGAACGACGCCGGGAAAGCCGUACACCUUGCAAACCAAUGUGUACAUACGAGGAAGCGGCGACGGCCACAUCAUCGGACGUGAAAUGCAAUUCCACCUUUGGUUCGACCCCACCCAAUCUUAUCACCAUUAUGCUAUUCUUUGGAAUCCUAAUGAGAUCAUAUUUUUCGUCGACGACGUGCCGAUCCGACGGUACCCACGGAAGAGCGACGCGACGUUUCCGGAGCGGCCGAUGUACGUGUACGGGUCGAUCUGGGACGCGUCAUCGUGGGCCACCGAGAACGGGAAGUACAAGGCGGACUACAACUACCAGCCGUUCGUGGGGCGUUAUCGGGAUUUCAAGAUCGGCGGUUGCGAGGCGUCGGCGGCGGCCUGGUGCCGGGCGACCCCGAGCUCGCCGCGCGGCUACACGGGGCUGAGCGCGCAGCAGUACGCGGCGAUGGCGUGGGUGCAGAGGAACCAUAAAGUGUACGAUUACUGCCAGGAUCCUCGGAGAGACCGCACGCAAACACCGGAGUGUUGAUGACGAUGAAGAUUGAAGAAAAUAAGGUUUGAAUUGUUUAGUACAGUUUGGAUGGAUGGAGGGUGUUGAGAUGGGUUCCACUUGCCUUGAAUGUACGAGAAAUGGUAGUUGAAGCGUCCAAGCCUUCCAAUCCAGGUGUGAUUGGGAAAUGAUUUUACGUUUCUUGUCUUGCUCUUUUGUUUGAAAAGAAUUCUGAAAUAUACAUAUAUAUCUAUACUCCCUAGUCCCUACAAAGUUGUGAAAAAAAUAUAUUAUUAAUAAAGGGUGUUAAUGUGUUAAUUAGUACUGUAAUUUGGCACGCUAGAUUACAAAUGUACAAAUGUAUGCAUCAGUGCAAAUCUAUAUGAAUUUCCUUUUGUUUUUUGUGUA